CACCAUUUUUUUUACUAAAAUUUAGUUAAAACCACUCCAAAUUACUGUGAUUAGAGUAUUAGUAAUCGAGCAAUUCCGCCAAAAUGGCGAAGCAAAGAGAAAAAGAGCCUGUAAACAUCGUCCACCAAAACGCAAUUUUGUGCGAGACGAUUAGAAAGGAAGUUCGCAACCAAAAGUUGUACACAAAUUACAGUGUAAAUCCGUUCAAGAAAAUGUACACAUUGUCUGGAAAACCAAACUCUUGUCAUGAUUCAGCUGACGGUGAAGAGGAUGAAAACUUUCUGAAAAUUAUCCAUAGAGCGUCGGAAGAACCGGUCAAAAAAUAUUUAUAUCCACAAACAGAAGCACAAGAAUAUGGAUGGAUCCACAAACCUCUGAUAGCGCAAGACAGGGAUGACAGAAGACUGAAUUUUCCUCGACAAAACUCUGAAAUAACGAAAUAUAUGGAUGCCGCAUGGAGGUUAAAAGAGCAAACCGAAAAUUUACAAUGAACUUCCAUUUCUAGGAUUGAUUAUACAAAUAUGCAAUAAGGCCUUUUACUUAUGAAAAACGAUUUAUAUCAUGUACCAGCUAAGUCAAAUUACGUCUUCGGCUCCCGAUUCUUUUCACAACAGCAUGUUAUAUUUGUAAAUGCUUACUUUGUUUGUCACGUCAUAAUAUGCACUAUGUUAUUAGUUUUUUUUCGGCACGCAACUACUUCAUAGAGAAUUAUUUGUAAUGUAAGAAGCAAGAUAUUGAUAUACUGCUAUGUAAAGUAGUACAAGCCACUGAAAUGUAGUUAAUGUUUGUUUUUGUAGUUUCCAUUUCAUGUUUCGCAUUUCUGUAGGACGAAACGUUUUGGCAACAACAGGAUAUUUAUCACAUACUUUAUUUCAAUUUUGAGAGACAUUUUUGAAUUUAAAUUACCUAUAUACGAUCUCCCGCGAUCACAGCUUUCAAAUAGCCAUAAAAAGAAUAUUUUAUUCCCGCAUUCAGUGAUAUUGCACCGAAGAAAAAGUGUUAACCAACCCUGAGACUGCACUAUAGUAAACGACUUUCGUAAAAUUUUGCCAAUCAUUCACGUAAUAAACUAUGAGCAAAAUAAAA